CAGGUGAGUUCGGGAGUAGUGCUGCAUCUGCGCGCGCUGCCCUCCCUCGUUCGGGGAGCCAGGCCCAUAUCAUGGCCAUGCGCUGCCCUAGUCGCUCGUGCGUGGAGAGGAGAAGACAUCCAGCGCUAACUCCCGCCAGCCUAUGCCACGUACCCGCACGCACCGGGAAUCAUGUCCGAGAGGGAGAAUAGCAGCAGCAACAGCAGCAGCGUGCCCAGAGACCCCAAGCGGCGGCGAGUGGACGAUGCGGCCGCGGCGGAGGGAGCUGCUGGAUCCAACGGCGGCGCUGCAGACGCCUACCCUCCGUGGCACGAUGCAUCCCAGAAUCAUCACGCAGCCUCGUCAUCCGCAGCAGCAGCUCCCGUACCAGCACACCCAUUUGCCCCAGCGCAGGACGUUUCGGCGUAUGCGGCAUCGGGAGCCGAGUACAAUCACAGCAACCACCACCCGCCUCCGCCUCCUCCCCAGGGCUUGAGUGAGGGCUCGCACUGGCAGCACGCCGAUCCAGCGACUUAUCCCGAAUUGGCCCAAUACUCGCAUCAACCCUAUUUCUACCAACAACAGACCUCUACCGCUGCCAACGCUGGUCCGUGGCCUGCUACAAGUGACUCGCAGUCCCACGCCGGCCUGCCUUCUGCUCCGACAACCACUCUCUCGAGAGGAGAGUCGUCGGCCUCAACAACGAUGCCGUACUUUCCAUCGUCUACUGCCGGAACUGCUGCCGCGAUAUCCGAAGCCCUCGAUGCCUCUACACUGAACUACUCGGAAGGAGGCAAUGCUGCCCAGUAUCAGGCAUACGGCGCCGCUGGCUCUGGUGCACUGCACAGAGAUUCAUCGUCCUUCUACUUCGACGACGCUGGCAUGCAUUUGAAGAUCCAAAGUCUACCCAUUCUCGACAAUCUGGCCACUCAACUCAUACAUACCAUCUCGAAAGCAAGCUAUCCACAAAUACAAGACAUGAUGCGGAGCGACGGCUCCGAGGACGGCCAAGCAUAUCGGACGCUGAAGAACCUGUUCGAUCAAACCCGAAAAGUAUACAGUCGCGAGACACCCUUCAUCGAUGCCAUUGCAAUACAAAUGUUCCAGCCCACGCAACAAGAGAUCAUCCGCAAAGCCAACAUCGCAACCUUCAUUUCGAGCAUACUAGGAGCACACGAUGUCAGCUUCUUCCACCUGAACGAAUUAUUCAUGGAGACAUUUGUGCCGCUUGGUCACCGCCUGUUGAAAUGGCAGGGAGCGAUAUACCUUGAGCUCAAGACUCAAACAUUUAUAUCUGCCCUUAUGAAUAGUGAUGGAAACCCCGAAGAGAUGCUCGAAGAACUCUUCCCGCCAGACCUCGACGCCCAGAUCUUAACACGGCAUCCCGAUGCACCAAGUCUAUCUCCCAGUGAGCAGGACUUCAUCGAUCGAAGUCGAGCUCGCAAGAGCUAUCUUCUCGCUGAACCGAGGACGGAGGAGAAUCUGCGAGAACUGCCCAAGAAAUAUCAAUGGGGUGAUUUUGUGCGGGAAUUCGCGUCAUGCAUUACGAAGAACGUCGACGGCAUCAUGAACGUACCCGCUCGUUCUCAAGCCACUGCAAAUUCCAAAGGCGCAAAUGCAGAGAUCAAUGGCCAAGCCGGGAGUGCCGCCAAUUCCGCACUCGCCGCUGUACAAGGUCUCGCAGUCAACGGCAAAGCUGGCGAUGGCGCUGGAGGAAAGAAAGGUGCAACUGCUGCCUCAACAGUCCGCCAACCCUGGACAAAACCAGAGGAAGACGCUCUGCUUUCUGGCCUGGAGCGCGUCAAUGGUCCCCACUGGUCACAAAUCCUCGCAUUGUACGGGAGAGGUGGUUCAGUCAGCGAAGUUCUCAAAGACAGGAAUCAAGUGCAACUUAAAGACAAAGCUCGGAAUUUGAAGUUGUGGUACCUGAAAACUGGCAAAGAAGUUCCACCUGCUUUGCGCGGGGUCACUGGCGAGUUACGGAAACGUGGUGGUGCUAGAGCGAGAGCUGCACUUGGCAUCACCGAUGAUGAUCAAGCUGCUGGCGGCGGUGGCCCCGAUGAAGAUGUGGAGAUGAAUGAGGGCGAAGCUGAUCCUGAAAAAUCUGGUAGCGGGAAAAAGAAAAAGGCAAAGAAGUGACGGAGCACAUUGUCCCAGUCAUGAAAGUCAACGAGAUCAAGGUACCCGACGUCCUGUAACGAAGCAUUGGCCAGGGCACAGGAAAGAUACGCGCGUGCCGCGGAUACUACUGUACCAAAAGCUCAUUCGCCAAGGAGAAGGUUUCAUGCGAUGCAGCCUGGAAAACACCUUCCUGUAUUAGCCCUGAGGGCUUUGUGGAGGGCUACAGAAAUCCUUUUGAUCGGAUCUGGAAUCUGGAGGUGAGGUUGAUUGUAUCCACUCAAAACUCUAUUGAGGAGGUAGGGCUUCGUUGCCCUAAACAUCCGGUGGGGCUGAAGCAUAUUACCUCCUCCGGGAAGAGGGGAGGGCAGGGAUCUUUGUCACGACA